GCGGCGGGAAGGGCCGCCCGGCCGGCAAUCGCGGUUUCUCGGCGGCCGCGGCUUUCCGAGAGCCCGGGCCCUGUGGGCACCGUAGGGGAAACAGAGUGGCGGCAGGAGCCGUCCCUGGCCUGCGGGGUCAGUCAGGCUCGUGGCUGAAGGACUUCUUCAUCUUCUUCCACAGGCCCUGGAAGUUAAACCCCCGCCUCAUCCCACGUGUGGUCUAUCCCCAUCCCUCUGGGAUCUCCCGCCUUCCUAGGAAGCUAUGGAUACCUCGACGCCUUUACCUCCAGUACCCCCGUCCCCGAUCUGCAACCCGGCCCCAAGGACCAUCCAGAUCGAGUUCCCUCAGCAUAGCUCAUUGCUGCUGGAAGCCCUGAACCGUCACAGGCUAGAGGGAAAGUUCUGUGAUGUGUCCCUCCUGGUGCAAGGACGGGAACUUAGGGCUCACAAAGCAGUGUUGGCUGCCGCCUCUCCUUACUUCCACGACAAACUUCUUCUGGGGGAUGCACCACGUCUCACUCUGCCCAGCGUCAUUGAAGCUGAUGCCUUCGAGGGGCUUCUCCAGCUCAUUUAUUCAGGGCGUCUCCGCCUGCCACUGGAUGCUCUCCCUGCCCACCUCCUUGUGGCCAGUGGCCUCCAGAUGUGGCAAGUAGUAGAUCAGUGUUCAGAGAUUCUUAGAGAAUUAGAUUCCUCAGGUGGUGGAAUUUCAACCCGUGGAGUGACCCCUUAUCACACACUUCUUUCUACCACAUCCUCAACAGGAGGUUGGUGCAUUCGCUCUUCCCCUUUCCAGACUCCUGUGCAGUCUUCUGUUACUGAGAGCCCUGUUGGAGGGGAGGGGAGUGAACUGGGAGAUGUGUUACAGAUUCAAGUUGAAGAAGAGGAGGAGGAGGAGGAAGAUGAGGAUGAGGAAGACCAGGGGUCAGCAGCACUCUCUCAGGCUCCUCAACCUCCGAGAAUAUCAGGGGUUCCCCGCCCUCAUGCAUCCCACCCACUGCCCCUAUCCACUACUCCCCGUAGGCUUCCAGAGGAUGAGAGUGUGCCACUUGAACCUCCUGCCCCUCCAACUGCACUGCCCCCCAAAAUCCUUUACAUUAAGCAAGAACCUUUUGAGCCUAAGGAGGAGAUAUCAGGAGGUGGAACUCAGGCUGGAGGAGUAAAGGAGGAGACCAAAGUGUUUCCUGGAGGGGACACUGAAGGGAAUAAAGAACUAGGGUUCUUGCUGCCCGCAGGCACAGGGGCAACAUCUGGAGGAGGAGGUCCAUCUUGGAAACCAGUGGAUCUUCAUGGGAAUGAAAUCCUUUCUGGGGGUGGAGGACCUGGGGGAGCAGGGCAAGCUGUGCAUGGGCCUGUGAAGCUAGGGGGGGCACCCCCUGCAGAUGGAAAACGCUUUGGUUGCUUGUGUGGGAAGCGGUUUGCAGUGAAGCCAAAGCGUGACCGACAUAUCAUGCUGACUUUCAGCCUUCGGCCUUUUGGCUGUGGCAUCUGUAACAAGCGCUUUAAGCUGAAGCACCAUCUGACAGAGCAUAUGAAGACCCAUGCUGGAGCCCUGCAUGCCUGUCCCCACUGUGGUCGUCGAUUCCGAGUCCAUGCCUGUUUCCUUCGCCACCGGGACCUAUGCAAGGGCCAGGGCUGGGCCACUGCUCACUGGACUUAUAAGUGACUACUGAGGCCAUAAACGAACUUCUAGGACAAGAGAGCCACUGCUGCUGAUGGAUACCUACCCCUCACUAGCAUAGCACCCCAAUCCUGGAUUUUGUAGUCAUGCCAAGAGGAUAGAUAUGUCAUGGAUCUCUUGUUCUUGGGUGUGGGCCUCAACCUGGCAGAUUUGGAAACUCAGAUUUCUUAUCUCAUUACAGGUUUUUACUAAUUACCAUACAGAAAAGUGGUUUACAGGCCAUAUGUAAAUUGGUCACUUGCCCGUAAUAGACCUUCUUUUUCAUACAGUAAACCAGAUUUCAAAUCAAGAAGUUUAUUUGAAGAGAAAGAGCAAAAAGACAUAAGAUAAAUGUUUCAUUCAGUCUUCUUGAGUUAAAGGAGCUGGUCUCCAUCUAGACGUAUGUUUGAUUCAGGGUUCUAGUAAUUCAGAGACUAAGCUCUAAGCUUUUGUUUCCCUCAUCGCUGAAAUAUGAACAGAGUUCUUUUUACAUGUUUUCCUUUUCAUAUCUUUCCAGAAGCCCCUCAGAUCAUAACUUGCUUUCUCACCAGUAGACCUUCCCAACACCUUUAUUUUUAUGUUGUAGCUGAGCACUUUAACAAAUUGAGUAUUCCGUGUAUCAUUCCUAGAAUCGAGAAUAUUCCCUCAACAGCCUGUGCCUCUUGUCUGCCUUUGACCACCACUGAUCAUGUAUUGAUCACAGUGACUGGAAUGUGACCAGAGAACUCAGGAGAUGGCCACUGACCUAAAAUGCUCUCAAGGUAGCACUACAGCUCUGAGCAAGUGGCCUAGGUCAGAGGGACUCAGGGCUGAGAGGACACAUACUGAAGGCGCAGUGGGACCAUAUUCCCUCCCUUUCCAUCCCCACCCACACAUGACAGCCCCUUGGUUGAGAGGUAAAAGGGCAAUUUCAGAAUGAGAAGGUAGUUGCAGGUUACUUAAUUUCUUCAAAUAACUUUGCCUUGAAAUCUAAGCUGACAGUGGACUAGAUUGAGUAAUUUAUGUGGGAAAGACAUGAAAACAAUUGCAAAGACUUGGAUGUAUUCCUUAUGCAACUGGGUUAUGUCGAUAAGGGAAGAAUGGAAUGGUUUCACACUGGUGCAGAGAAAACGACUUCAGUGGGCCAGAUUCCAGGUCAGGACCUGGCAUUGAAUAACCUCUGGUAAGUUACCUUAUCUUUUAGAGUCUGAACUGUUAACUUUUUUUUUUUUUUUUUUUUUUUGGUGGGGUGGUAUAUACCUCCUCACUGGUUAUGUCUUUUGUUUAAAUGGCUUGGUUCACAUGCUCUUUACCUAUACGUCUCUGACUUCAUGUAUUAUGUAUAAUGUUUGGUUGUUUGGUUUAUUCUACAAACAUUUAGUGCAAAGCACUGUGCUAUACCCUAAUUUAUACCCUGCCCUCAAGGACUUCACAACUACUACUGAAGCUAAACAAAUUAAGACAAUGUAGCAUGAUAAGUCCAUAAUAGUGGGCAGUACAAGCUACUGUAGAGGCACAAAGGAAGCUGAGCAAAGACCUGUUAUAGGUCAGCAGAGGUUUCACAAAGAAUUCCUCUGUGUGCCAGAGUACAGCAGUGGGUGUGGGUAGCUGAACUGAUGUGGAAAUGGUGAACAUGAGUUGAAGCCACAACUUCACUGUCAGGAGUGAUAGCCUUCCCCAUAGCAAGUUCCUCAAAAGUUACUAGGUAUGAUACCCAGAAGAGACUGAAAAAUGUGACUUUAUGGCUGAGAAGGUGAAUUGUAGCUGGGAUCUAUCAGCCCAUGAAUAGCCUUGCUGCGGUACCAUCCCCAUGGUAAGGCUAUGAACACACAGGAAAAGGAGUCAGGGAGCAAGGCUGCCAGUCUUUGAUCUUCUGCAGUCCCACUCACAUGCCAUUCUUCCAACACAUUCUGUAGGUGGCUAUAUCUGUUGGCUAGGAUCCUUUGGUUGCAAGCAAUGAAGGUUGGUUCUGACUAACCUUAUCAAAAGAGGAAUCAAUGGAUGGAUGUGGGGUGGCUCCUGGAAUGGAAGAAAGGGGUGAAGGACCAGACUUGGGAAAGACAAGACCUGGGUCAGAUGUGGGGGUCCGGGGAGCAAGAAUUGGGGAAUAUCUUCAAGUCAUAUGUUUCGGGAUAAUGACCCAGUCAUUCUUAUUUCUUGUGUCACUCAAGAUAAAAUUUCGCAGAUGAGAACCCUGAGCCUCAGGUUCACCCCCUGGCCUGAGUACCUUGAUCAUGUGUUGCACUGAGGCAACAAUGUGGGUGUGGAAUCCUCAAGGGGAAAUUGAAGUCCUGGGAUAGAAUAGUGGGGAAUGGAUGCUGGCCAGACCACAGGAACAGGCUUACCACAGACAGUCUCCACAUGCUGCCCAUCUUGGGAUCCUUAAAGCCUCAGGUAUGCCUGGAACUUAAUAGGUGUUCAAGAUAUGUUGAAUCUGCCUAACUUCCACCUCUGUCCUUUGAACUUAAGACAGAAUUGCUUCCUUCCUCUCUUAAUCCCUAUAGCACUUUGUUAUUACUCUAUAAAGCCAAUUAAAACACCAUGUUAGAGUUUUAUUUAAAAAAUUAUUAUACAGAAAACAAUUUCCACGAUGAAAGGUUUUGGUUUAAACAAACUGAAAUGUGUACCUUUCUGCCCCUGUUGUUUCCUCCUCGUAGUGGAAGAAAUAUCCCUUCUAUCGUUGAAGGCUAGCCCCUUCCCAGAACCUUUGCUCUUUUAAUUAUCCCCCUCUGUCCUGUAUCUUCACUCUGUAGUUCCUCAUUUGCAGUUAAUCAUGCUCAUAGGUUGUGAGAAUACGUGUAAAAUGCUUAGAACAGUGCCAUGUAUUAAGUAAAUUCAGUAAAUGUUAGCUCUUGUUAUGAAAGAACAUUAGUCAGUUACCCACAUCUUUACUGGGAUCAGUUCUUUCAGGGAGGGAUCAUUUACAUGAAAGGAAAGUAUUUUCAACUAAAAGGGAAAUGAGGCAUAAAACGCUCAGUAAGGAUUAGAUAUUGUCAUUGUUAUUAUUACCUUUCUCAUAAAUGCUAGAGUUCUUUUCACCUAACUUUAUACACUCCUGGAUGAUUUUUAUCCACUUUUCUGAGUUAAACCAUUUAAAUACUGAUGACCUUUAAGUUUAUAACUCCAGUUUUCCUGACUCCCAAACCCACUUCGAUUUCUCCCUUCUUUCCUUCCUUCAACAAUAAGUGCCUCUGUACCAGUAGCAGGCACUGAUUAAAAGAGCAGAAGGUA